CCCCGGCAUGGGGGGGGAGAGCGACCCCCGGGGCAGGGAUUAAUGGGUUGAGAGCACUGGGACCCUCCUGGGGGGGGGGGGGGACAGCAUGGUGUCAUGCCAAGAGUGGGCAAGAGGUUAGUUUGUUCAGAGGUGGCUGACCACCCUUAAAUGGGGGAGAAAGGGCAGGAGCACAGGCGGAAAGCCACCGAUUGAGAGCACCGACCCAAGGGGAACCCUGAGCAAUGCCGAAGCCCCCAGUGCUUCCCCCAUGCUGCCCCACCAGCCUGGGCUAUGUCGCCGAGCCGGGCUCCCUGGCGGGGCAGUUACUCCAGCACGCAACUGAUGGCAGGCUCAGGAAGGCCAAGAAGCUGCUGAAGAGAGGGGUGGAUGUGGAUGGCCAAAACACAGCUGGACAGACAGGCCUCUUCGUUGCCGCACUUCUGGGACAUACCGCGGUUGCCCGGCUCUUCCUCCGGUUCAGAGCAGAUCCCAACCACCGGUGUUACGAUGGCAGCACCCCUGUCCACGCCGCUGCCUUCUCCUGCCAGCGGCCCCUCUUCGCCCAAGUCCUGGAGGCAGGGGGUGACCUGAGACUCCAUGAUCAGCAGGGCAGGACCCCCCAGGACUGGGCCGAACAAGCUGGGAGCGACCAGAAUGCCGAGGUGCUGGCAUUCAUUCAGCAGUGCCGUGCCCGAAUGGUGGGGCUGACUCAGCAUGGGGAGCAGGGAGCCACGCAGACGCUUUCCAGCAGGAUAGGGGGCUCGCCACGCAGCCUGCGUUCCUCCUUCUCCUCCCUGCUCGCUGCCUCCUUCUGGUCUCUGGGUAGCUCCAGGACAGAUUGGAGUGGCAGGGGGCCUGUGGCAGGGUUUGGCCAGCUGUGCCCCAGUGGCCCCCUGCGCCCCAGUUUCGCCUCUGUCACCCCCAUCGCGGACCCAGACGAGCUGCUGCGGGCCGAGGCCGAGCCGGACCGGAGCUAUGAGAAUGGGCCCUACACACUCAUGAGCAACUGCCUGUGGAAGGGACAGCUCGUCACUCUGCGAGGGCUGAAACCAGAGCCCCCCGGCAGCAGGCCCCACGGCCCCACGGACCUGCUGGUGGCAGAGCAACAGCACUGCAGCCAUCUGCACCACCCCCACCUGCUGCUGCUUCUGGCCGUGAGCCCUUCCCUGGACCUGCGCGAGGUGCGUCUGGUGUUCGAGAGGGUGGAGAUGGGCUCCCUGUACUGGGCCCUGCACCAGGAGGCACCCCACCCCCCUGCGCCCCCCUCCUGCCUGGCCGCCUUGCGCCUGCUGCUGCAGCUGUGUGAGGCGCUGCUGUUCCUGCACGGGCAGGGGUAUGUGCACCGCGCUCUCACCUCCCACGCAGUCCAGCUGGUGCGCCCCGGCCUGGCCAAACUCGGCAGCCUGGAGUACAUGCAGCCACGGGCCAGGACUGGGUCUGGGGACCCCACACCCCCCCCUGAGCUCUAUAACUGGCUGUCCCCAGAGGUGAUCCGUGACCGCCCAGCCUCCACGACCUCCGACCUGUACAGCUUCUGUGCCGUCACCCAGGAGAUCUUCACAGGUGCCGUGCCCUGGUACGGGGCGGAGGGAGCGGCUGUGCGGCAGUGGGUGCAGGCAGGCCGGUCUCUGGCCCCUGAUGCCUGCGUGCCCCCACCCUGCUAUGAGGUGGUGAGGGCUGGGCUGGCCUUCCGGGAGCGGGAACGCUGUGGCUCCCUACCUGAUAUUCGCUACGUCCUGCGUAAGGCCCUGCAGGAGGCCAUGGGGCAGCCGGGCGGCCCACUGUCCCUGUCUCCCAGGAGGCUGUGUGCGUGGGCAGGGGAGGCCUGGACCCCCCUGGAGUGCCUCCCUGCAGCCCCUGCAGGUGAGAGCCAUGGGGUGUGGGUGGGGUGGACAGAGGGUACUGACGCCAGGCCCUCACCCCCACCCCUCUGCACCCCAGAACCCCUCUACUAUGAGGUAGGGGAUGGCAGUCCAGAGCGGGCAGCAGCUGAUGGCAGCACAGGCCAAUGGGCUGAGCUGGGCAGUGGCAGCCCAGUGCCAGGGCUGCAGGGCAAGGGGCAGCCCAGCCCCCUGGCGCGCCAGGCCACAGCAGCCUCAGACAGCAGCUUGGAGGUGGAGAGCAGCAGCCAGGAGGGGACAAGGGGCUGUGAGAGUGGCAGCCCAGGCUCCGGCACCAUGGAGCCGGCCCGGCCCCCAGCCCUGCCCUGCGUGAGCAGCCUCCAAGCCUCAGCCUGCCUGCUGGAGCAGGCCCAGGCCUCGCUGGAGACCCUGGAGCGUCGCUUUGCCGCUGGCAUCCAGGCCCUGCAGGACUUGGUCAGCCUCCAGGGGACGCGCCCGGCCCAGCCACGCUGCGGCAGGCCUGGGGCUGGCCAAACGGGGGCCACCCGGGCAUGCUGCAGCCUGGGGGCCCUGCAAGGCUCCGGCCAGCCCCCCAUGGCCCCAGCAGGCGAGCGGAGCAGGGCCCGCCCCCUGCAGACCCUCAUCGAUUUCUCCACCUGGGUACGAAUGCAGGAGCAGCAGCAGGGCCUGGGACACCCCGACCUGGCCCGUGAGCCCGCCCUGGACAGCCCCUUUGGCACCCUGCAGUCGCUGGACCUGCUGCAGGAGAUCAUCGAGGAGCUGAAGGGCACGGGAGACGCCGGGGCCAGGUGGCCGGCGGGCAGGGAGCAGAGCAGGGCAGCACCCCAGAAGAGGACAGCUCGGCCCCACACCGCAGCCGAGAGGGGCACCGGGCCCCUGCGCCAGGACAGCUGGGGUGCGGGAGGGAGGGGGGCUUGGGCCUCCCUCUGAGAGCCCCGUCCCAACAGCUGCCACCGGGCCGAGAUCUGCUACCCCCUCGGUGACUAAUAAAUGGCCUGGCCAGAGCUGGGGGCUGUGUGCAGU